UUUAUGUCAGCAUGUUUCCGUCAGUGCUCAUUUGCAGGUAGCACCGCCUCACCGGAAGUGGGCUGUCACUCUCGCCUGUGUCCUUUAGCCAGCUUGUAGUGCAUCUUGUGGGGAUAAAGAUGCUUAAUGUGUGAAUUUUAAAGGCAUUUUCCAGGCCGCUGUAGACGACAGCACAAUGUUGCGUGUUGGCACUAAAGUCAAAUGCAUGGCGUGCAGGAUUGUGGUCCCCAGCAGGACGGGCCUCAGGUUCUGGGUCCCCCUUCAGAAGCUGCAUCCGCUGUACCGGACCAUCCACCACCGUUACCAUGGCAACAGCAACUCUCAGCGACCUCCUCAUCGUUGCUUCACCUCCCUGUCACGUUUGCCCGCGAGGCCCCCGAGGGCCCGGGGCCAGCAUCAUCAGCAGCAGCGUGACUUCUGGGUGGGCCGACUGGCUGCCAAGCUGCUGAAGCUGCGCUACAUCGUGCUGGGCAGCGCCGUGGGAGGAGGCUACACCGCCAAGAAGACCUACGACCAGUGGAAGGACCUCAUGCCUGACUUCAGCCAGUACGACUGGAUGCUUCCGGACUUCUUGUGGGAACUCAGUGAACAACUAGACCUGGAGAAAGUGGUCAAAGCGCUACCAGAGAUGGAGGAACUAGCCAAACUACUUCCUGACUUUGAGAAGAUAGGAGAGAACUUCACUUUCCUCAAAAGCCUCCUGACCUCUGGUUUGAGUUUGGGUAGUGAAGUCAAAGGAGCUUCUGGUCUGUACCUGUUGUUAGAACCUUCUGGGGAUGCUCCACUCAAAGCUACAGACUCCUCCACUGCAGCCUCACAGGAUGACAAGCAGUACAAGAAGGGUCUGCUCGGCGAGCUCAUUCUUAUUCAGCAGCAGAUCCAGCAGCACGAGGAGGAAGUCCGGCGGGCGGCCGCAGCCAAUUAUACGCCUCCCAACCCGCCAGAACCUGCGCCUCCGAACCCCGGCCCCCCUCAUCACACACGCAAGUCGUCCGAUAAGGAAAAAGUGGAUCAGCUCCAAGAGGAACUGCUCCGUACUCAGCUGAAGUACCAGCGCAUGUUGGAGAGACUGGAGAAGGAGAACAAGGAGUUGAGGAAAGUGGUUCUGCAAAAAGACGAUAAAGGAAUCCACCAAAGAAAAGUCAAGAAGUCUCUCAUCGACAUGUACUCUGAAGUCUUGGACAUCCUGUCUGACUACGACGCCAACUACAACACCCAGGACCAUCUCCCCAGGGUGGUGGUGGUGGGUGACCAGAGUGCUGGUAAGACCAGUGUGCUGGAGAUGAUCGCGCAGGCCAGGAUCUUCCCCAGAGGCUCUGGAGAGAUGAUGACACGUUCUCCUGUUAAGGUGACGCUGAGUGAGGGUCCCCACCAUGUGGCCUUGUUCAAGGACAGCGGGCGGGAGUUCGACUUGACCAAGGAGGAAGACCUGGCUGCUCUCAGGCACGAGAUCGAGCUGCGGAUGAGGAAGAGCGUGAGGGAGGGACAGACCGUCAGUUCUGAGACCAUAUCCUUGAGUGUCAAAGGACCCGGCAUCCAGAGAAUGGUUCUUGUUGAUCUGCCAGGUGUCAUCAGUACGGUGACUGCAGGCAUGGCAUUGGACACCAAGGAGACCAUCUUCAGCAUCAGCAAGGCCUACAUGCAGAACCCCAAUGCCAUCAUCCUGUGCAUACAAGACGGCAGCGUGGAUGCAGAGCGCAGCAUUGUCACUGACUUGGUCAGUCAGAUGGACCCCCACGGCAAGAGGACCAUCUUUGUGUUGACCAAAGUGGACCUGGCUGAGAAGAACCUGGCCAGCCCGAGCAGAAUUCAGCAGAUCGUUGAGGGCAAGUUGUUUCCCAUGAAGGCGCUGGGUUACUUUGCAGUAGUGACAGGAAAAGGGAGCCCCGGGGAGAGCAUUGACUCCAUUAAGGACUACGAGGAGGACUUCUUCCAGAACUCCAGAUUGCUGCGGGACGGAAUGCUGAAGGCCCACCAGGUCACCACCAAGAACUUGAGUCUGGCCGUCUCAGACUGCUUCUGGAAGAUGGUGCGGGAGUCUGUUGAGCAGCAGGCCGACGUCUUCAAAGCAUCCCGCUUCAACCUGGAGACGGAGUGGAAGAACAACUACCCUCGCCUGAGAGAACUGGACCGGAAUGAACUUUAUGAAAAGGCAAAGAAUGAAAUAUUGGAUGAAGUCAUUAGCUUGAGUCAAGUGACCCCGCAGCACUGGGAAGCCAUCCUGCAGAAGAAGCUGUGGGAGCGUGUGUCCACACACGUGAUUGAGAACAUCUACCUGCCCGCUGCACAAACCAGCGACUCUGGGACCUUCAACACCACCGUGGACAUCAAACUCAAGCAGUGGACUGACAAGCAGCUGCCACACAAAGCUCUGGAGGUGGCCUGGGAGACCCUGCAGGAGGAGUUUGCUGGCUUCAUAGCGGAGUACAAAGGCAAAGACCAGGAUGACAUUUUUGACAAGCUGAAGGAGGCGGUGAAGGACGAGAGCAUCAAGAGGCACAAGUGGAACGAGGGGGCCAAGGACAGCCUGCGAGUCAUCCAGCACAACGCUCUAGAAGACCGCUCCAUCACAGACAAACCUCAGUGGGACGCUGCCAUCCAGUUCAUGGAGGAGACCCUGCAGUCCCGCCUGAGAGACACUGAAACCGUCAUCGCUGACAUGGUGGGGCCAGACUGGAAGCAGAGGUGGAUGUACUGGAAGAACCGAACACCCGACCAGCACAUACGGAAUGAAACCAAAACUGAGCUGGAGCGUCUGCUGAAGCUGCAUGACGAGCACACGGCCUACCUGGCCAACGAUGAGGUCACCACAGUCAGGAAGAACCUGGAAGGACGAUCGGUGGAAGUGGACCCCAUGCUGAUCAAAGACACCUGGCACCAGCUUUACAGACGCCACUUCCUGCAGAAGGCGCUGUCCCACUGCAGCCUGUGCAAGCGUGGCUUCUACUACUACCAGAGACACUUUGUGGACUCUGAGCUGGAGUGCAACGACGUGGUUCUCUUCUGGAGGAUCCAGAGGAUGCUGCUCAUCACCGCCAACACACUCCGACAGCAGCUCACUAACACGGAAGUGCGCCGGCUGGAGAAGAACGUGAAGGAGGUGCUGGAUGACUUUGGAGAAGACACGGAGCAGAAGUGUCACCUGAUCACGGGUCGCAGAGUCCAGCUGGCGGAGGAUCUCAAGAAAGUACGCGAGAUCCAGGAGAAGUUAGAAGCCUUCAUAGAAGCCCUCCACAAGGAGAAAUAAAAGAAGCAGAAGUCUUCAUUUUGCACUGAAUGACAAAAGUAGACAUGUGACUUUUCCCAAUAUUGUUGAAAACACACUCGACCUGCUCACAGACCCAGGGAAGGAUGAAAACAUGUUUACAGACUUUCUCUUGGAGGACACUUUGGUUUUGGGGGGGGGGGGAACUGUCAUGUCCCCUACAACGCAGAAGAAAAACUUCACGCAUGUUUAGUUGCACUCACAAUCCAAAAUUACCCAUCAAAUCUUUGGGAUUAUUUCAUUGUCGGCAAAGUGAGACACGUUUAUGUCGACAUGGACUAGAAAGGGCCCGCUUAAGUUGACAUAAGUGGUGUACAGCAAAACCCUGUCCGUUAAUGUUGCUGUGAUGGUAAUCAGCGGUGAGUAACUCCCCCCUCAGAUUGUUGCCCAUUCUGUCGACACCUCUGGUGAAAGUCUGCCACAGCCGCUCAUGUCAACAUGGAUCUGGCAGUUCGUCGACUUAAACGGCUUGCUGUGUAAAUAUUGUUGUCUUUGUGUGUGGCACAUUUUCGCAGGAGACUGGACUGUCAUGUAAAUAUGAUUAUUGGAGCAUCGUUCAUCAGUAAGACUCAUCACGGGGAAGGUGAUCAUGCUCAGUUCUGUUCGUUGAUUCUGUAAAUGUUGGCCAUCCUGCUGAGACAUACAUCCAAUAACUCCAUAUUUCACUACAUGACACAGUCAAACAUCAUAAAUAUGUCCAAUAACUCCAUAUUUCACUACAUGACACAGUCACACAUCACAAACAUAAUCAUAAAUAUGUCAAAUAACUCCAUAUUUCACUACAUGACACAGUCAAGCAUCACAAACAUAAUCAUAAAUAUGUCCAAUAACUCCAUAUUUCACUACAUGACACAGUCAAGCAUCACAAACAUAAUCAUAAAUAUGUCCAAUAACUCCAUAUUUCACUACAUGACACAGUCAAGCAUCACAAACAUAAUCAUAAAUAUGUCCAAUAACUCCAUAUUUCACUACAUGACACAGUCAAGCAUCACAAACAUAAUCAUAAAUAUGUCCAAUAACUCCAUAUUUCACUACAUGACACAGUCACACAUCACAAACAUAAUCAUAAAUAUGUCCAAUAACUCCAUAUUUCACUACAUGACACAGUC